UCCUCGACGAACAACAGAAUCGAAAACGACACAGCCCACGCAAAGCCCGCAAAAAAAACAAAACAUAAAAAACAACUCACGAAAAAACCUUAGCGACAAAAACAAAGUUCAGUGUCUCGGCAGCCGUUUAUCCUCGAAGUUGGCCAUAAGCGAACGCGAAAACAGGAAAGCAUAAAGGAUUUCAAACAGGGGAUUUGCAUACUUCUCAAUCAUAAAUAAGCGACAAAAAUGAGGCAUCUCUGGCUGCUGCUCCUUAUCGCCGGCGGAUCUGUCCAGUUUCCAGGUGUGCUGACCUUGCCGGAGGCACUCCCAGCCAAAUCUGGAGGCGGUGGCGGAGGAGGAGUCACUGCCCAAGCAGCCGGUGAGGCCAGCCCGGACUACGGUGAAUACGAGGAUGAUGAUUCGCAGCGAGCACCGGGAAAUCUGGCCAAGUCCACGGCAGGUCCCAAGAUUCCAGAUCCUUACUUUGAGCAAAAGGAGGUGACCAUCUAUGUGGCUGCCAAUGCCACCAGUGUCAAGCUGGAAUGUCCUGUGAAGAAUUACGAUGCCGCCCACCAUGUCAUCCUCUGGUACAAGGACGGCGUUGUCGUCACCACCGGCAAAACCAUAGUGAAUAAUAUAUACGGCCUGGACAACCAGUUCACCCUGACCGUGCCCCUGAACAGCUCCAAUGGCACGGAGCAGCGAUUUUCGUGCAGCGCCAAUGCCUCGUCGGAUAUACGACACAAGGUGACCAUCCGUUUUGGUCCAGAGCCAAGCACCCCGGCUCCAUCUACAGUACCUGCAGCGGCUGUAACACCCUCACCCGCCAACGAUUCGGCGCCCAUAGGCCGGGACAUUGGCCUCUUGCUGCUGGCAUUGAUCUUGGCUCCGCUCCAACUGUCAGUGUCCUCUGCCCUUUUCUGAAGCGGGCCAAGUUCAAGAGCCCUCUUAAAAUCAGCACCACCGGCGGGGAUGCGCACUGCAACAGAUGAGCUUGACGAGGGAUGCAGUCGAGGAGAAACGAGGCGAAUUGAUGGCUUUUGGCGUAUUAAGUUAGGUGUUGCUUUGUUAAUGUAUAAUAUAUAUAGGAAACCCGAUCUUUGCGGGGAAGCAAACUUCCUAGAGCUAUAGAGAUUAUUUGAAUUCCACUUCCAACUCUGCUUCCUCUACUUCCAAACUCGAUAGCCAUGUUUAUAGACUCCGUUGAAGAGUAACUUGUACUUGAAUUUAGAAACGCUAUACGAAUUAGCCUAGUGUGAUUGCUUUAGUCGUGCGCUUAAUGAAUCGACAGAUUAGUACAUAAUUGAUUUUAACUUAGCGGAACAAAAUGCGAUAACAAGUGGCUUAACGAAUCAUUGUGAGGGAUACUUACCAUAUACUAUAUAUGAACGGAUUUGAGCAGUGUAUGUAAUUUUGUCGAAUGUAAAACUGAAACAGAAAUAAACUAGAGCUGCUAUAGACCCAGCUGAAACCAUUCAAUGAAA